AUGUCAUUGGCGUUAAAAAUAGGAUUUUUGGUGAUAAAGACUUUAUCAAAGCCUAUUGCAACGAAUUUGAGGCGUCAGGCAAAGCAGCAUCCUUAUUUUCGAAAAAUAUGUGUUGAUCUUGCACAAGUUAUGCAUAAAACGGAAGUACAUAUGAAGGCAAACUUGCUUGGUAAACAGAAAAGAACAAAAAAAGCACCGCCUUUAAAUGAAGAGAAUGCAAUUGAUCAUGGUGCUGAAUUUUUAUCGGAGUCUUUUUUAUUGUAUGUGAAUUUUCAGACAGGAUCUUUGAUAUUUUAUGAGGGAUGGAGGACUCGUAAGAAAGAACAAACACGUAGAGAUAAAGUGGCAGACGAUAUUGAGGAACUGCGAAAACAAAUAGCGUCUUUAAGAAUAUAUGUCGAACAAUCAGUUUUGAAAAAAAAAGAAUUUUCCCAAAAUGCAGCAAUUAUACAUAAGUCGCUUGAAAGAUUAUAA